AUGAAUCGCGGAAACAAGGUCGCACGGUCCGAGCUGGUGCGGCCGGCAAGGCUGCCGUCAACAAAGUCUUCCUCCGAACAUUCGAAUAUUGCCGCAAAAGAACAGCCUGACGACGAAUUCAAUCUCCUUAUUCUGUUUGAAUACCUCUCGUCGUCCUUCGGACGGAGGUCCCCAUCCGAUACGCUCAAAGUCCGACGCAAGGCCUCUGGGCCACGGUCAGGAAUGGCAGAAUUUACGUGGUCAGGCGAAUGGCUACUGGCUCCGCCGACGAGAUGCAGCAGGGCACACGAAGUCACGUCUCGUUGGAGGGCAUUGAUUCAAGAACUGAGAAUCCUUCGGCAUCAACCACUGACUAGGCAUCCCAACUUCCCUAAAAUCAUUGAUAUCGCUUGGGAACCCGAUGCUAUGGACUUGCAACGAGCCCUUCCAACAAUUGCAACUGAAUUUGCUGCCUGGGGCACGCUCGACUCGUUUUUCCUCACACUUCCCGAGCACGAUUGGCCCAUGAAGAGCAGACUCCUUCUCGACGUCGUCGAGGGUGUGUCGGCGUUACAUUCUUGCAAGAUUGUCCACGGUGACAUCAAGAUGGAGAAUAUCUUGGUCUUUGCUUAUGAGGGGGAUCCAAAGUUUCCAACCAUUGCCAAACUAUCAGACUUUGGUUUCUGCGUGGAUGUGUCCGAGAGUGCUGAACAUCAGAACUUAAUCGGAUACACAACUUUAUGGGCUGCCCCUGAAGCAUCCCAGUCCCUGGAGAAAGAAUGCCUGUAUCUGACAGAUGUGUAUUCACUGGGCUUCAUUGUUUGGAGUAUCUGCCUAGGCGGACGGAAACCAUCCGACGAGGUCCUCGCGACGACCAUGGAUCAAGAAGAGAAGGAGCGUGCCUGGACUAGCCUGAAGGAGUCUGACGAGAUGGUGGCUGUUGCCAAAGCGAGCCUCGCGCAGCGGUCCCUCACCAUGCCGAUGAAUAUUUGGCAAGCUACUCAGUACUUGGAUUGGACUUUGCGGCAUUCUCCCAACUCACGCCAGCUAAAUAUGGUUCUUUCCAUGCUAAGGCUGAAAAGCUAUAAACGGCGGGCGGAAGAGAUACCGUGUGAAGACACCUAUCACCCCCUCACUCCACUCAAAGGAAACCUGGGCCUCAUUAGCAAGUUCUUCUGGGAGAGCACCUGGACGAUCUCUAGCGUUCGCCAACAAAUCAGCAAUGAUCUCGUGGCCAUGGCAGCGAGAUUGGAUACCUCCCCUUCCAACUCAAUGGGUUCGCGAGCCGCUUCUAAUCAUACUUCUCGAUACCCCGUGGAGACGAGUCCGAAAGCAGCUACUGCUCUCAUGAAUCUCGCAUACAAAUAUAUGUCCUCGAGGAAUUCUGAAAGAUCAUUCGAAAAAGCCAUGCAUUAUCUCAACUUGGCCGCGCAAAGUCAGUUGGAAUUAGCACAAUGGGUAUGCCUGCGACUCAAAACAUCCCCUUUAGUCGACAUCACUCCCGAGCAAGAGCUCGAAUGGAGCAAGAAAGCUGUCCAGGUAGGAUUGAGGCCGAUCAGGGUUGAUCUUGCUACUUUUGAUCCUGAGGCCACUCAAUCCUGUCAUGAAGCCUACCAACGAUCCUUCUGGGCGCUCGCCUAUGGUGUCACUGACGAUGCCAUUUCUGCGAUUACCCAGAUGGAGGAGAACGUCGCGCGGACGUCACAGUGCGUCAGUCAAAUUUUGGAUUCUUUUCCGUCAUUACCGUUCGGAAAUACACCCCUUCACGUCGCUGCUCUUGUCGGCAAACUUGGAUCGCUCGUGGUCAUAGCCAAGUCUCAAGUGUUCGCUGUUAACGCCACUAACCAUCGCGGCGAGACCCCAUUGUUCCUUGCGUGUCAUUGCGGACAUGCUGCAGCCGUCGACUUUCUUCUCUCCCUUGGGGGAAAUGCUGGGAUACCAAACAAUUAUGGAGCCUCUUGUCUUCACUGGCUUGAUGCAUUUGAAGAACAGGAUAUUACCAGGAUAGCCCAGUCCUUGGUUCGACAUGGUAAUGAUCCCAAUCAACCAGCACAGCAAGACCAUUCUUUCUUCGGGGACAAGUUCAAACUCUUCAACAAUCACACUAUCGCUGGAACCCCUCUCCACCGCCAAGUCGUCGGCGGAAGCAUCACAACUAUCAAAGCCUUGCUCAAUCUUGGUAGUAAGCCGGACUUCAUUGUCAAUGGCUGGACCCCUACCGAUCGGGCUGCUCAAUUUCAUCGAUCAGAAAUCGUUGAGAUUCUACUCGACAAGGCUCCUUCUUUUGAUCUCAAUUCACCCACCUCGAAAAGCGGGCUGGUACCUCUUCACCGUGCAAUAAUGGGGGUCGACCCGUUUUUGGCGAUCUAUAACCAUUCAGGGAAUCACGAAGACGCCCUCAAGGCUACUCUUCACCUCCUUGGAGCCCGAGGCACGCGGCCAUCAGAAUUGAAAGUCAAUCCGAUACUGUAUGCGGUGUCCAAGGGAGCGCGCUCUGCAUUAGAAUUUCUCAUUGAGCAUCAAAAUAAGAGUAUGAGAGAAAACUGUUAUGGCGUCGUCUUGGGGCGACAACCGAGACUGCUAAAGGGACGCGGCAAUACAUUAUUAGGCAGGAUUUUCCGAGGGUCUGAUCGAGCAAUCGAGUCUCGUCCGCAGUCUGGACAAGCGAUUAUUAGAGGGCGGCAGGUAAAAGGAGAUCCUUUCACCUACAAUGCCGUCCUUGAAGCUGUGAAAUGCGAGGAUGAAGAGAUGUUGAGAACAUUGCUUCGGAACGGAGCAGACCCGCUAUCACUACUUCAUUUCAAAACGCAUACCCGCUUUACCGCCUUGCACCUCUGUACAAUGCAUAUGCAUGGUGGCACACAGAUCGCCCAGUUACUCAUCGACCAUGGAGUCGACGUCAAUCAGUCUGCCUCAACCAUCAGCAGCGAUACCCCUCUUUGCUAUGCAUUGCAGGGGAAUCAAUUCCACCUCGCAAGCCUCUUCCUCGACAACAGAGCUUCAUUGACUGUUUGCGAAAAAGAAGCUGAACGAGGUAAUGUGAUGGGAGAACUCAUGUACUGCAUCCCCGGCCGCUCCGUUUUCAACGCGAUACAAUUCUUAGCACAGCAUCCCAAAACCAGGUCUGAAAUGCCGCUCUACAUCCACGACGGUUACAAGACCACCGUCUUUCACAUGGUUUGCGGCUUGAGUGAGCUACGAAGGAGAAAAUGGCCGGCGGCUGAUUUCUUCCCGGUAUUCGUAUUACUGCGCAAAAUCUACCCCGAGAGAUCCUUCCUCGACGCCGCUGACAUUAGCGGAUUCACACCGUUGCAUUAUGCCAUAUAUCAUGCAUUCCCAGAAGCAGUACAAGCGCUGCUGGAAGCUGGAGCGGAUCCCUUCUCACAGAGCAAGCCAGACCUAUCGAACCCUCUCAUUGAUUCCGAAUGGAUAUCCAAGCCUGGUGCCGAGUAUGGGAUUUCGAUCUUGGAACUGGUGAAAAGCGAAGGCUUCAUCAAGAUUCAAGCUGGCAUCAACGACGCGGAUCGUCAUGACUUCAUAGAGAGACGAAGAAGGAUCAAGGAAUUGGUCAGUCCAUAUAUUUCUUGA